AUGACGGGAACGAUCGAGCGGGCGCCGAGCGCGGGCGUGCGCGCGGUGGUGCGAGAGCGAUUGGCGAUGCGAUCGGCGUGGCUCGAACGUGAAUCCGGGGUCGAGGACGCGUCGACGGCGCGCGCGGGAGAGGGGACGUCGCGAUCGCGCGCGCGCGGGACGGCGCGGCGCGGGACGCCGACGCCGACGCGGCGCGCGGAGCGGACGACGCCGGUGACGACGAAGGUGAUGACGGCGACGGAGAUCGCGGCGUCGAUCGCGCGGUUACACGCUGGGGCGUCGAUGAUCGCGCACGCGUCGGGACGGGUGAAGGAGAGGGAGACGCCGACGUUCGCGCCGCGGUUGAAUGCGAAAUCCAGAGCGUUGGCGGAGCGGCGCAGGGAGAAGGUCAAGGGGACGGAGAACGAGCACGGGGGUGGGAAGCCGAAGGUGGAAACACCACCGACGUCGGUCGAGCUCGAGUUGAGGGCUGAGCUCGAGCAGUGCACGUUUCAGCCGAGCAUUUCGAGAAAGUCGAGAGAAUUAGCCGCGCGCGCGGAGAGCGGAGGAUUUUUCGAACGCUCGAGGACGUGGUCGAUGCGUAAAGAACGCGUGCUCGAGGCCGAGCGCGAGUUGAAGAUGGAGGAAUCGCUCCGGGACUGUACGUUUCAGCCGCACGUUGUGGUCGCUUCGUCCGCGCCGCCGCCGACGACGAAGAGCGCGUCGACGACAUCCGGUACGCCGUCUCGCGCGCCGGCGACGACGCUCGCGACGCCCGCGCGCGCGUCCAGACCACCAACGACGCCCGCCUCGGCGACGUCGAAAACACCGGGUUUAGACACCCACGUCGCCCGCCAGGCUGCCGCCAGGCGCAUGCGUGAGGAGAAGAACGCCGCGUUCGACCGCUUCUCCAACGGCGACGCGUGGCGCUCGCGAACCGUUCCCGAAGCCUUCACGUUCGCCACCGACGCCCGCGCGCGACGCGCUCGAGACGUGGCUUCGACGCCCACGACGCCCGUGACCGAUCGUGGGUCGAAAAAAUCACCGACGUGA